CCCGCCAGUGUCAUAUAGACGUCCCUUAUAUAUUUACAUAAAAAAAAAAAAUCAUUUACAUUCAAAAAAUUACAUACAUUUUUUUUUGUGUCGAUCCCGUUGCCUGUUGAGGAGUUUCGGGCGGUGAGUAGUAAAAACCGGGAUGGAUCACAAAGAGUUUCGUGUGAAAGCCAAAGAACUGGUGGACUACAUAGCGGACUACCUGGAGAACAUUCGAGAUCACCGAGUGUACCCCGGGGUCCAACCCGGGUACUUGCACAAACGGCUGCCCAACGAAGCCCCUCAGCUCCCAGAGAAAUGGGAUGACAUCUUCAAGGAUGUAGAGGACCACAUCAUGCCCGGAAUCGUCCACUGGCAGAGUCCACACAUGCACGCCUACUUCCCAGCUCUCACGUCAUACCCCUCCAUUAUGGGGGAGAUGCUCUCCAGUGCGAUGAAUGUUCUAUGCUUUACUUGGGCGUCAUCACCAGCUGGAACCGAACUGGAGACGAUAGCGAUGAACUGGCUGGGUAAACUGCUGGGCCUGCCCGACUGCUUCCUCAAUGAGAAGAACGAUAGCCCUGGAGGUGGAGUCAUACAGACAACAGCCAGUGAAGCAACUCUGGUUAGUCUCCUGGCUGCAAGGACCAGGGCUCUGAUCGAGCUGUCCAGCCUGAACCCUGACAUGCAGUCAUCGGAACUGCUGGGCCAUUUGAUCUGCUAUUGUUCUGACCAGGCCCAUUCUUCGGUGGAAAAAGCUGGAUUAAUAGGUCUGGUCAGAAUGCGUUACAUAGAGUCUGAUGAGAACCAAUGCAUGAGAGGCGCGAAGCUGGAGGAGGCUAUACUAAAUGAUAAGGACAAAGGACUUGUGCCGUUCUGGGUGUGUGCAACCCUUGGUACGACUGGUUCCGUGGCAUUUGACAACCUUCGUGAAAUAGGCGAGGUAUGCGAGAAGCACUCCGCAUGGCUGCAUGUCGAUGCUGCAUAUGCGGGGAGCGCAUUUAUAUGCCCUGAGUAUAGACAUUGGCUAAACGGCGUGGAGUUAGCAGAUUCCUUCGCUUUUAACCCUUCCAAAUGGUUGAUGGUCAACUUCGACUGCACUGCUAUGUGGGUUAAAGAAAGCACCGCACUCCACAGGACCUUCAAUGUCAAUCCUAUUUACUUGCGCCACGAAAAUUCAGGAAAAGCGAUUGAUUACAUGGUUGGGACUCAGGAUGCGAAUACAAGGAAAAAAAUUGAUAUCACUGAUAAGAUCAAUACUGAUACUAUCAUAGAACAUGAUAAUGAUAAAAGUGAUGGUAGCGUGACGAACAGUGAUGAAGGUUACCCAGUAAGCGAAGAAUUUUAUGAGAGUGAUGAAGACACGAAUUUACAUGGAUACAAUAAAAUGGCCUCUGGGUGUCAAUCAGAAAUACAACUAGAGAAUCCUGAUAAGAAGGAAUUCCUUCACUGGCAAAUUCCUCUAAGUCGCCGAUUCAGAGCCCUUAAAUUAUGGUUCGUCCUUCGAAACUAUGGUGUUGUUGGAUUGCAGAAGCAUAUUCGAGAGGGUGUUCGACUAGCCCAAAAAUUCGAAGCUCUGGUUUUGGCUGAUCAAAGAUUUGAGAUCCCACAGCCAAGGAAUCUUGGUAUGGUCGCUUUCCGCUUAAAAGGCGACAACACCCUCACUGAGCGUUUGCUGAAGCGUCUCAAUGCACGGGGCUACAUCCACGCCGUGCCUGCCUGCUUCAAGGGUGUCUACGUCAUCAGAUUCACCGUCACCUCACAGAGAACUACUAACCAGGACAUCCUUGAUGACUGGAGUGAAAUAAAGAAGGUGGCAUCAGAAAUAUUGGUGGACACGUUCGGAUCUGAAAACGGGAACAUUGUUAUGCCAAAGAAACCAAGGAUCUCAUUGAAAGAAACUCGUGAACUAAACGCAACAUUCGGCACGAGUCUUCUUCUAGCCAACAGUCCGAUGAGUCCGAAGAUCGUCAAUGGUACGCACGUAGCCAUCUGCGAUUACGAGCAAGUCCUCUCAUCCUGCGCUCAGACAUUUGCUCAGCUAAAGAUGGAGCCGAAGGAUAGUCCUGAGAUGCGCAGGCGCAUCCGCGGAAUACGCAUGUGCGGGAAGAAAUUUUCUCUCGACUCUUACAUGGAUAUGGUGCAGGGUUUGAUGGUGGAGCAGUCCCUUCCUCAGUGUUCUGAGGAAGAAAGGGAAGAAGCUUCUAAUGGAUCUAGCCCUGGUGACCGUUCAUCAAUAACAUCUUCACCAGUGACUUCCAGUACAACAAUAAAACAAGAUAACUCAGAUUUGAGCCAAUUGCAUGUCCCUUCUACGCCAUCUAGACAAUUCAGAUCGAAAUCUUUCGACGUAUCCCUCUCAGAUCUGAAGCUAGAUGACGCAACUAUUUCUAUAGACAUGAGAAACAAUGAAAUAACAAUAACACCGACAGGUUCCAAGAAAUUCGAUGAUCAAGUACAUUUCAAUGCUGUGGAAGGGAAAUUGAAUAUUGGUGAUAAAAUUUCGCAAGCGUUCGAUAGUUUUCAAGGUGGAAUUUUAGGUGAUCGCAAUGAUGUAGGAGAUAAGGUUGAUAAAAUGGACGACGAUUCUAAGAUUACUAUUAAAGGACCUGGCAGUUAUAUCAAGAAAUUAAUACAGCAAUUCAGCGAAGGUCCUUUUGAAACGGAGGAUGUUAAAACUGAAUCUGAAAAAGCAGUAACGACUCAAUCUAUUAAAGACAGGGCGGAUGCGAUUUGCAAAAAAUGCUUUCAUUAUAAAGGCAGAAUUAGCAAAUAAAUAAAAAGUGAAAAUAAAUUAGUCGUAAGUAAUGUUACGCAUUUUGAAAUUUAAAAUGAAUAAUCAUAUCUUUAAUUAGUGAUGUAUUUUGAAUUAGAAAUGAUAUGUAAUGUGUAAUAAAAAAUUAUUCAAUUCGAUUAAAGUUGUGUUACAAUAUCAUGAUAGCGUAGCAUUUAAAAACUCAAGCGUUAAUUUUAGGCCGGACCUAUUCUUUUGGUUAGUUAAGUAGUGAUUUAUUGAAUAAAAAAUCUAUUCUAUUCUAGUAUUUUUUUUAAUAUUAAUUACUAUCUAUCAAAAUAUUAUGGAAAAAUAAAAUAGAUAAAAAAAUAGCUAAAAACUUAUUUCUUAAGUUGUCAUUAAUUUGUUUAUAAGAUUAAAGCACAACGUUAAGUUUUGUUAAGUUUAAGUAUUUUAUUGACAGCAGUGUACGUUUUUAUUUGUUAAUAUAUUAAUAAAAACACCAAUUUAACGAAAAAAACAUCAAAAAUACCCUACCCUACCCUACCUAUAAUAAAACCCUUUCUGAUGAGACAGAAAUAUUAUAAUGAACCAAAGUAACUUUUAAGUGUUUUCUAACUUUGACCUUAAAAUUAGUAAUUUCAUGUACCUACUUAAUUUUUCGCUGUAAACUAUUAUAAUUAGUAUUAUAUUAAUAAGCUUGUAGAUAAUUUUUUAAUGUAGGCGUUAUAUUAUAAUAAAUAUUAAUAAAAAUGUUACAAAAUUAUUCAUAUUUAAUGUAAUUUAGAUACUGCUGUGCCCAUCAAUAAACUUUUUAAUAUUGUAUAUUGCUUGAACAAUAAUAAUAUAAUUAUUGCAAGUAGAGAAUCAAUAUUUUAAUAUUAUAAAUAUACAAUCAUUA